GGGGCGGAGCCGAGCCGAGCGGGACGGAGAUGGCGCAGCGGGCGCUCCCCAACCCCUACGCGGACUAUGACAAGUCCUUGGCCACCGGCUACUUCGACACGGCCGGAAGGCUGACCCCCGAAUUCACGCAGCGGCUGAAUAACAAAGUCAGGGAGCUGCUGCAGCAGAUGGAGAGGGGCCUCAAGUCCGCCGACCCGCACGACUGCACCGCGUACACCGGCUGGGCAGGCAUUGCUUUGCUGUAUCUGCACCUGUAUGAUGUGUAUGGAGACCCAGCCUACCUGCAGGUGGCCCAGGAGUACGUGAAGAAGAGCCUGAGCUGCCUGACGAGACGCUCCGUCACUUUCCUGUGUGGCGAUGCUGGGCCCCUGGCAGUGGCCGCUGUCAUCUACCAUAAACUGCAGAACCACAAGCAGGCAGAAGACUGCAUCACUCGUUUGCUCCACCUGCACAAGGCUGACCCACGGGUGCCCGAUGAGCUGCUGUACGGGCGCAUGGGCUACCUCUAUGCACUGACGUUUGUGAACAAGCACUUCGGAGAGGAAAAGAUCCCUAAAAGUCACAUUCAGCAGGUCUGGGAAGCAGUUGUAGCCUCAGGAGAGAACCUGGCCAAAAAGAGGAAUUUCACAGCCAAGAGCCCCCUGAUGUACGAGUGGUACCAGGAGUAUUAUGUCGGGGCAGCCCAUGGUUUGGCUGGGAUUUACUACUAUCUCAUGCAGCCUGGCCUUGGAGCGAGCCAAGUAAAGCUGCACAACACAAUCAAGCCCAGUGUGGACUAUGUCUGCCAGCUCAAGUUCCCAUCUGGGAAUUACCCUCCAUGCAUCGGUGACACAAGAGACCUACUUGUCCACUGGUGUCAUGGGGCACCAGGGGUAAUCUACAUGCUUGUCCAGGCCUACAAGGUCUUUGGGGAGCAGCAGUACCUGAACGAUGCCCUGCAGUGUGCAGAAGUGAUCUGGCAGUACGGAUUACUAAAGAAAGGCUACGGGCUGUGCCACGGGACAGCUGGUAAUGCUUACAGCUUCCUGGCACUGUACAACCUCACUCAGAACAUGAAAUACCUCUACAGGGCCUGCAAGUUUGCAGAGUGGUGUUUAAGCUAUGGGCAACACGGGUGCCGGACUCCAGACACACCAUUCUCCCUCUUUGAAGGAAUGGCUGGAACAAUUUACUUUCUUGCUGACCUGCUGGUGCCAACCAAGGCCAAGUUCCCUGCAUUUGAACUCUGAAGCUGAGCUUGACAGUUUCCUGCCUGAAUCUUUCCACACGUGGAAACACAGUUGAAAGCUGUUUUCUCCUUCUUCCAGACUCAUCAUUCAUUUUUCACCUAACUGAACGUAAUCCAUCCUCUUGAGGGCAUGCUGAGUUCUCUAACAUUUCUAGUCAUCUUACUAUGUUGCUUCAGUUUAAAAGACAGAAUGCAGAUUUUGCUGGUGUCCCGUAAAAGCGCAGGGGUGCGUGUGGGAGCAGGGGAAAACUGUACAGUAUUUUGUUGGCUACAGAGUUUUGCUAUUUUAUGUAUCCCAUUUCCUGGGAAAAAGUUUCUAUUAAAUGUAAGUUGGGCUGUUUCAUUUCUUUUUAUGCUGACAAAUAGUUGCAGGAAUUUUGUUGCCUAUGUAAGACAAAAGAUGGAAAAGUGAGACUGUUCCCCUGCAAGUUGUUUUUAAGUGUUUUCUCUCUGAGCACCCAGGCAGUAUGUGAUUCAGUAGCUGGGCUGUGCCAUGUGAGGCAAAUGUGAUGGACUAUGAAGUCUUUUUAUGUUGUUAAUGUCAUCUUGCAAGUGGCAGAGCUGGAACUGACAUGCCAAAGGCUUGUCCUGAAUUUCCACCCAUUUGCUUUAAAGGCAAAGGCUAUGUAUAGCUCUUUCGUGCAUUUUUUUUCCUGUGGCAGACAAGUAAUCCACUGCCAUCUUCCAUUAAACCUUGUUGGUCUGUGGGUCAUCUAAUGGAAAACUCCAGUCUAAAAGUGAGCUGAGCAUGCUGGCUGGUGUGGUCUCUUCUUGUUAGUUUUGAGAGUUUAUUUUGCAGUCUUUAUUUAAAUUUGUGUGCUAGGUGGUGCCAGGUGCACCAGCAGCAAGGGAAAAGAAAUAUAUUCCACUGAAUUCUGUCAGUGUUUAACCUACUGGCUGUAGUAGAUGUUGUUUACAUGUUUUCUUUUAUAAGCUUUCCCAAACCUGGAUAAUUUGAGUCACUCAUUUACCUUGCUACUGCUUGUUGUAGUUUGAUUUGCAACCACACAUUUACCCAACUGGAAAAUUUGCCCUAGGUUAACUAGCUUUGACCUGUCAAGCAGACCAGAUACUUAGCAAGGGGUAACUCUGAUUUUCCGUCCUUUAGCUGAUGCUGCACCGAUUUGCAGCAGAGACCUGACCCUGUAAAGCACUUCCUUAGCACUGAGCAUGAACUAAGCACUGAUUGCAGGGAAAGUUCCAGAUACAGCUGCACUACUUUGAGGGCAGCUCCUCAGCCUGCACAGAACUGGCUGUGGGUUUUGAUCUUUCAAGGGCCCAGCUGCUGAGUGCCUCAGGCUAUGAGAACAGGUGAGAGCUGCAGGGCAGCACAGCCACACUCCAGCACCGGAAACAGUGGAGCAGGACCACCAAACCUGGCAUACUAACACAACUUGCCCACAUGUGCCUGAACGCAGGGCAGCCAAGCCCCAGUGGCAGAGGCAGACCCCUCGAGAACUUUUCCUCAAAGCCCACGCUCCUGCUGCAAUCACAGGUUUCUGCAAGUCCACCAAAAGACAGCCUGAAAUACAGAGAAGCUCAUCUGCUUGGGGCUGGGCAUCCCUGUUAGAAGCCUCAGGCUGAUGCAGGCUCAGCAGCAGGCAUUCCCUAUCAUUCACAGGGCCUGAGCAGGGAGGUUGCAGAGAGGGAGGAGGUAGGAGCUGGCUAAUCAAACACCACAUGAGGCUCUCUUGGAGUUACCUUCCAGCUUGGCUGGUAUGGUAGCAGAGUAGGCACAUUGAGCCUGGGUUUCUUCUGGGUACUGCUUCUGUAAAGGAGAUGGUUUGCACAGCCUGUGUCACAGUGUCAUGACAGCAUAACCUCCCAGGGUUUGUACACUGAUGGGGGACUAUCAGGGCCAUGUGUACAACUGCUGAGUGGAGCACUGUUUAAUAAAAAUGCUGAAAUGACCAA